AUGACCGACGUCCUUCCGGCGUCGCGUGCAUCUCUGGAUCUAACACAUGUAGUAUACGAUGAUACCUCGCAUCUCUCGCUAGUUCUCGCUUUGAUCACUCUUAGUCCCGUCCUCCUGAUGGCCUCGUAUGCAGCAUUAGCGGUCCAGACGCGAGAGUUAACCAUAAUCCUGAUGUGGGCAGGACAGUUCGCGUGCGAAGGCUUUAACUUCGUAUUGAAGCACAUAAUCAAGCAGGAUCGUCCUAUGGAAAUGGGACCGGGAUAUGGCUUUCCCUCUUCGCAUAGUCAAUACAUGGGAUACUUCGUAUCCUUCCUGAUAUGUCACCUCUACAUCCGGCAUCGGUUCCCGCCCUCAGGAAUCCGCCUCCUGGACCGUUUGCUCAAGCCCUUGGUAUGCCUUGGACUAAUAUGCUGGGCAGGGGUGGUUGCCUACUCUCGUUAUCAUCUCGGGUAUCACACACCUCACCAGAUCGUCUGGGGUUUGAUCAUCGGCGCUUUGUGCGGAACAGCCUUCUAUACCGUGGUAGAGCUCAUCCCAACGCGUCCAUCACCCUCACCGCUCAAGACCCUAAGGACUGCCUUACUGGAUCAUCCACUUGCUCAGUGGCUUCGCAUACGUGACGGGUGGGCUGUGUAUGGUGAUGGAGGAACCGACGAAGAAUGGAAACGGUGGCGGAAACAGUUCGAGCUCAAGGCACGAGAAGAGUGUCGGACAAGCGCGGAGUCGAAGCGAGUACACUGAGAAUUGCAUAGCCAACCGUACAUCGAGCGCAAAGCUAUCCUUUGUUCAUGUUCCGGAAGCAAAGUAAUGCAGCUGGAUUGUUAUUU